AUGUCAUCCGUCGACCCGCCCUGCCUGCGGUUCAGGAUGUUCUUUUUCUUCACCAAGAGGAUUAUAUGUCAAGACCCAAUCGUGAUGCGAGACCUGUUCGAUGAGAGUAACGUCAUCUUCCAUACAGGUUUAAGUUUAUCCGCAGGGUACAUCCGCCUCCGGCUCAGGAGGUUCUUCCUCCUUAUCAAGAAACUUGUAUGCGGACCCAUAGACGAGCUACAGGCAUAUUACGGAGAUUACAUACGAAGCCGCUCGCAACAUCCUAUUGAACUCCAAAAUGGGGCCAAUGAUUCUGCAGGUAAAAUCCCAGAAGUCCUUCUCCUCACGACUAUGAUUCUCAAGGUGACUGACAAGGUAAAAGACCAUAUAUUGGAUCAAAGGCCAACUCCCAGGCCUUCGACUCCAAACCCUCUGAGAGAUGUCGAUUCCCGAACUGCCACACUCGUCUACUCUCCCGCAGGGCCCCAAGGAGCUGAAGAUAGGGAUUCUGCAUGA